AUGAUUGAGGUUGAUGAGAUUGGCAAAAAUCUGAGUUACAACCCAAGAAGUGACUCAAGCUGCUGUGCAUCUUCUGUAACCAGUAAUGAUGGGCAGGGAACAAGAGCCCCGAGUGUGGUUGCGAGUCACAUGGGUUUAGAGUCUUUACCGGUACCAAAUGUCCAGGAACCUCGGUUUAAUCCCGAUCUUGAUCCAUUAUUCCUCGGACCUUCACGGAACACAAACAAAUGGGAUGCAUAUGAAAAUCUUGGUUAUUUAAAUCUCCGUAGUGACUAUGAUGGAAAUUCCUGGGACCAUUUGGAUUCAAGAACGAAUAAUGGGCGCAACCGACCGAUUGAGCGGUUCCAGUCUGAAACUUUUCCUCCAAGGUCGGCUAAACCAAUUUGUGUUACCAACAAUAGACUCUUGUCUCCUAUCCGGAGUCCUGGGUUUGUACCAUCCAGGAACCCUAUUUAUUUAAUGGAAGCGGCUUCAAGAAUGAUUGAACCAAGUCCUAGGAUCGUUGCUAGAACACGGUUUUCGCCAUCUGAUUCUACUUCAUCAGUUCCCAUGAGGAUUCUAGAUUUAAGAGAGAAACUAGAAGCCGCACAGAAAGUGUCAAGCCGUCAAGUCUCCAAUGAGAAGAGAACCUCAACAUCAAUCACCACUCCGUCAACUAGUAAGUUCAUGGGAAAAAGCAGUUCUGAUGGUUUGAAGGGUAAAGUGAAGCCACCUUAUGUAUCUGCACAAGCAAAGACCAGCACAACGCCCGUAAGUGUCAUCAGAAACCUGCAAGCCAAAAGGAGAAAGCAGAUGCUAAAAAGACCAUAG